GCCUGGAGACCAAGUCUUGGUGAAGACCUUCUUCAAAUCCGGAACCUUUGAUCCACCAUACAGACCUCUCACAACCGUUGUUGCCAUCACCAGAAGAGCCGUUCUGACCGAGGAGAACCAGAUAUGGAAUCAUGCAAGCAGAUUAAAAAGAUGUCACAUCAAGCACUCUGGAUAUUCCAAGCAAAGAACGUUCAACCUCAGACUGAUCCAGAAUGAACAAUAG